AUGUCUUCCUCCAAAGCGCCCGUUGACAGCAAAUCUCCCACCACCACCGCAGCACCCCCGCUCGACAUCCCCCCGCCUUACCACGCCCCGACCGCGCGCUGCUCCAGUGGCCUAAUAGACUUCGCGCACCUGUCGACGCUGACGCCCGAGCAACUGGCGCGAUUCGACGAGGAGCUCGUGGACAAGUGCCGCGCGUGGCUCACACCGACGCGGUACACGGUCCCGAUGGCCGAGCUCCGCGACUGGCUGCGCAGCUACGGCUUCUUCGUGUCCAACGACCGGAGCAAGUAUGGGCAGCGGGCGGCGGACCCCGAGCGGCCGCUGGGCGAGCGCCUUAUGGCGAUGGUGGCGUUUGCGCAGGCGACGCCGCAGGGGGAUGGCGUGAUGAGGAGGGGUGCGUUUUGGGAGACGUUGAGGGAGUUGGUGGAGGUUAGGGGGUUGGUAGGGAGGGUGUGA